GUGUGAGCAGGAAACGGUACACACGUGUUUUCUUGCAGGUUUGAAGGUUACAGAAGAAGCACCUGGGAGGUUUGUUGCCGGCUGUCCGCUGCAGAGGGUCACCAGGACGGCGUGUUGGUGGUGAAAGCUCCGGGUGUGUGAAGAGACUGAAGAGACUAGACAUGGAUCCCAUGAAGGCGCAGCAGCUGGCGGCGGAGCUGGAGGUGGAGAUGAUGGCUGACAUGUACAACCGAAUGACCAACGCCUGCCACAGGAAGUGCGUGCCGCCACAUUACAAAGAGGCCGAGCUGUCGAAGGGCGAGGCGGUGUGCCUGGACCGCUGUGUGGCCAAAUACCUGGACCUCCACGAGAGGCUGGGACGCAAGCUGACAGAGCUCUCCGUCCAGGACGAGGAAGUGAUGAGGAAGGCGGCCCUGGGGAGCGGAUAAAGACGCUGAUGAACGGAAACGAAGUAGAGCAGCAUCGUGGGGGAUUAAAAGGUUAUGGGAUGGGGUCAGCAUAUGUAGUUUCUCUAAGAUGAGAGACUUUGUGUUUUACUGAGUGGGUGGGUUUUAUUAGGGAAGUUAAAAAUUUAAAAAAAAUAAUGCUGUUGAGGGUCCACUGAGAGACUCUACUGCAGUAGAGGACGAGACAGGAUGAGACUGGAGGACCUGGUGGAACGACGACAGCACGCGGACACCUUGAAACUGCUCACUGCUCCACCAGCCUCUCUGGAUGUGUCCAAUGAAGUUUUACAUUCAGCUAGACCCGGUCAUCAAGAAGUCACCUGAAAGGAGAAAGGACAUGUAAUAUUAUUUCUAAGUCAUACUUUGUGCUUGUUUUUUAGCUGCUUGGAGUGCGAGAAGGGUGCUGCUUCUACUGCAGAAACUCAAAUACUUUGCUUUGUUGUACCAACCAUCUGGUACUUGUGGCAGGUUUAAACAAACACUAAGAAUGAUUUGCAUUUCGUCUUUGUUCCCACAUCACCCUUUGAACCCUUUUACGAAAGGGGGGGGUGUAAGUAAACAUGGGCCCUCUUCAUGAGGUUGCAACACAACAUGGUAUUCAGGUAGAUACAAGUUGUCUGUUAUGCAGAUAUGGUAGUAUCAGUUCUGUACAAAACCUUGAAAUACAGUAAGUCAAAUACAGAUGGAUCAGGGCAUGCACUGAAUGGAUAAUGUACAGCAGUAUUGUUUGUCUUUUUAUACAAGACACUAUGCAUAGUUUACUCUCACUCAGCCCUGAUCGGUGCCGCGUUGGCUUCGUCUGUUACAACUACUCCGAUGCAGACUGCCAGCCAGGCCAUUCUGGCUCCACGGACGUGUGUCGAAGAUGGACUCAACUCAAUGCUUGUGUAGUAUGACGGGUGGAAGUAACAAAAAUGUAAUUGCAUGUGAAUUGAAAAACAGAGCUGUAAAAAUGGAUGUGAAAUGAAAAAAUGGAGUGAUAAAUUAUCAAGUGAUUUGAUUAAUUUAAAGCCGAUUUGACUAAAACAGACGUGAUAUGAUGAAAACAAAGGCAUGUUUUAUCAUUUUCCCCGUCUUACAUUCACCAUUUACAACACACGAUUGUGAUUUAUCAUUUAAGGAAAGUGGUCUCGAGGGUGGAAGUAACAAAAACGGAAAGUGGAAAAAAAGGAAAGUGAUGAAAAUGUUUGUGAAUUAGGCUAAUAAUGGGAAUGAUGAAUUGUAUGCGAAUUGAAAAAAUAGUGAUAAAUUGUCAAUUGAUUUGAUAAUCUUAAUUGACAUUUUAUUUGAAACAGUGUUGCUCUGAUAACCCAAAUGAUGUUUGUCGAUUACAGCGCGCACAUUUUUUGUUACUUCCGCCCAAAAUGUCAAUCAGAAACCACGGCAACUGACUGAAAAAGUCGAGAGUAGAGCGGUUGGCUGAGUGCGCGAGAGUAACAAAAAUGCGUGCUGUAAACGAUGAAUGUCAGUUGUGAAUGAUGAACAGUCGACAGUUGAUUAUCAGAGCAACACUUUCAAAUAAAAUGUCAAUCAAGUUUAUCAAAUCGAUUGACAAUUUAUCACUCCAUUUCAAUUUGCAUACAUUUUCAUCACUUCUAAUAUUAAUUCAUAAGCAUUUUCAUCACUUCCCCUUUUCUUCAAUUAGUUUUUGUUACUUCCACCCUCGAGGCCACUUUCCUUAAAUGAUAAAUGCCAAUUCUGUGUUGUAAAUGGUGAAUAUAAGAUGGUGAAAAUGAUGAAACAUGGCUCUGUUUUAAUCAUUUCACAACUGUUUUAGUACAAUCGGCUUUAAAUGAAUCAAAUCACCUGAUAAUUUAUCUCCAUUUUUUUUAAUUCACAUGCAUUUUCACCACUUCUAUUUUUAUCAAUUAGUUUGUGUUACUUCCACCCCUCAUAGUGUAGACUGUGUUGUGCUGUAUGUGACUGGACCAUGUUUUGACUGUGAAACUUUUUUUUUUUUUUUUCAUGUGCUAACCACUGUGCCAGUGACGCAGCUUUUUAGCUGCAUAUUGGAGAAGCUGCACAGUGUUUCGUUGUUAUUAAGUACUCUAAUAAAACUGUCAUCAUUUAUCUUAA